UUUUUCGGUCUCACUCACAGUUUUGUUUCCUGUACAGCCGUCAGUCACAUUGCAUCAAAAACAUGGCUGUACGGAGAAAAGACAGCUUCCUCUGGGGAAAAGGUCCACCAAGCCUAGCCCCAGGAGAGAGGAGGGAUGGUGACACCUAUGGGAUUCACACAUUUCAAAUGCUGGAUGACAUUCAGAAGCUGAGGAUGGAAAUCAAUCACGUCAUGCCAGAUAUCCACAACCCCUUAAUGAAGGAGCAGAAUAAAAAUGUUGUGAGGAACAAGAGAUUCUUACGUGGGAAAAAGAAAUUCAACAUGGACCCAAACAAGGGUGUCCAUUACCUAGUGGAAAAUGAAUUGCUGGAAUGGCGAGCAGAGUCAGUGGCUGAGUUUCUUUACAAAGAGGAGGGACUGAACAAGACCGCCAUUGGCAACUUCUUGGGAGACAGGGAGGAAAUGCAUCUGCAGACACUGAAAGAGUUUGUGGGCCUGCAUGAAUUCUCCGACCUGAAUCUGGUGCAGGCGCUGAGGCAGUUCCUCUGGAGCUUUCGUCUCCCGGGAGAAGCUCAGAAGAUUGACAGGAUGAUGGAGGCGUUUGCAACUCGCUACUGCGACUGUAACCCAGGGGUCUUUCAAUCCACGGACACAUGCUACAUCCUGUCUUUUGCCAUCAUCAUGCUCAACACAAGUCUCCACAACCCCAACGUGAAAGACAAACCCAGUCUGCAGCGAUUCAUUUCCAUGAACAGAGGAAUCAACCACGGAGAGGACCUGCCCACAGAACUGCUCACGAAACUGUAUGCGAGCAUCCGCAGCGAGCCAUUCAAAAUCCCUGAGGAUGAUGGGAACGACCUCACGCUGACGUUUUUUAAUCCAGACAGAGAAGGCUGGCUCCUUAAAAUGGGUGGGCGAGUUAAAACCUGGAAGAGGAGGUGGUUUAUUUUAACAGACAGCUGCUUGUACUACUUUGAAUACACCACCGAUAAAGACCCGAUAGGUAUUAUUCCUCUGGAGAACCUGUGCGUAAGGAGUCUACCAGACAACAACAAACAGUAUUGUCUGGAGUUAUAUAACCCUAAAGGACAAAAGAUCAAGGCCUGCAAGACGGAGAACAAAGGCAGAGUGGUGCAGGGCAAACAUCAGUCCUAUAAGCUGAGGGCCGCCGGACCCGAAGAGCGGGACGCCUGGAUGGAUGCGAUCAGGACAUGCAUCACCAAAGAUCCGUUUUAUGACCUGGUUUCUUUGCGAAAGAGGAAGGUCACAGGCAACACCUCCUGAUGGGCCUGAAACACAAGGCAUUAGAGGAAAAGUAUUUUUAAUCCUGCAUGAUGUGUGAAUACAUUUUUAUAGAUGAAUCACCCUGUGAAUUUGCCAAACGUGAAUAGCAAAGCAUUUCUCAGAAAGGUUCAAAUUGGAAAGUAACAUUUGUUGAAGUGUAAAAUGUUGAGUCUUGACCUUACUUCUGCAAACGGCAUGCACUACUGCACAGACUUCAGGGAAUGCUAGUCCUACUGACAAACAUCUGCUAUCAGAGAAGAGAUCGAAGGAAGGCUUGAUAGUGUCCUAAAAGUAAAACUGAACAGGCCUACUGGGUGCAGGUCCAUGGCCCCUACGACCAAAACUCUUCAUCAAGUGACCGUGAAUUUCUAUUGCAAAAUAAAUCCAUAAAAUAUGUCCAAAACCAUAACAAAGCGAAGAGAACCAAGAAAAAACAUGGAAUACAACCAGGAUAAGAUGAAAGAUUACCUAAAAAUAGAUAAAUGGUAAAUGGACUGUACUUAUAUAGCACUUUAUCCAGUCUUUACGACCCCUCAAAGCGCUUUACAUGCUACAAGUUCUUCACCCAUUCACACCCAUUCAUACAGAGCAGUGUACCUUGCUCUGGGAACUAACAUUCACACACCGUUGGCCAUGCCAUCGGGAGCAACUCAGGGUUAAGUAUCUGAUUGAAAGAAGACCACACUCCCUCGCAGCCACAGUCGCCCUUGAAAAUGGAAAACAUGGAAAACAUCCACAAAGAGACAAAAAAUUACAAAAAGAAGACUCAAAGGGACAACACGGAGAUGUAAAGUGUAGGAAAUGGGAUGCGAGCGAUUCACAAUGUUUUAGACAAGAUUAAAAAAUAACUGCAAAGCAUUGUAAAAAGUCUAAAAAGAUAUAUAAAACAAGCACAAAGACAACAGAAAAAAGAAAAGAAACGGAAAAAAAGAAAGAAGACACAAACAUAAUACAAAGAAAAAGCCAGUAGUCAUUUUGUCUUACUAUCCUCUGGGCUAUUUGGAGUAACAAUUAUUUAUUAUUAUUGAUUGAAAUGUCUUUUUAUUUAGAAUAUUUAAACAUUUAUUGAACUGAAUCAACAAUCUUACUUUAUAUAAUGUACAGUUUUAUGAUGUAAAUAAAGUGCCUUCAAUUUGAGCUCUUGUUCAAAACGUUGACUUUUCUUACUCAUCUAAACAUGAAAAUGAAUUAUCAUAAAUAUUUUUCUUUUACAAUAGAGUGCAUUAUUACUGAUACAUUGUUGUAUAUACAUUUAAAAAGCAGGUUGAAAAAACUGAAAAGAAAAUUAACUUAUGAAUACUAUUUUUAAAUGGUCACUGUACAGUAUAUUCUAUUUAGCUUGAACGUGUUUUAUUAUGUUGUUAUAAUUUAAUGACUAUAUUGAUGGAGGAUUAAAACCCAUGUUGGAAAA